AUGGCUGCAGCCUUCUCUAGCCUCCUGCCUCUCCCUCUAGGCUUUCGUAGUACCUGGCUUCUGGCCUUUACCCUACUCAACCUGUCCUGGUCUCAGGAGGCUGGUGCCUUCCCAGCGAUGUCUUUGUCCAGCCUGUUUGCCAAUGCUGUGCUCCGAGCUCAGCACCUGCACCAGCUGGCCGCCAACUCCUACAAAGAAUUUGAACGUACCUACAUCUCCGAGGGACAACGAUAUUCCAUCCAGAAUGUCCAGGCCUUCUUCUGCUUCUCAGAGACCAUCCCAGCUCCCUUAGGCAAAAAUGAGGCCCAGCAGAAAUCCGACUUGGAGCUGCUCAACUUCUCACUGCUACUCAUCCAGUCCUGGCUGGUGCCUGCGCAGUUCCUUAGCAGAGUCCUAACCAACAGCCUGGUGUUGGGCACCUCGGACCGUGUCUAUGAGAAACUGAAGGACCUGGAGGAAGGCAUCCAGGCUCUGAUGCGGGAGCUGGAAGAUGGCAGCCCCCGGGCUGGACAGAUCCUCAGACAAACCUAUGAAAAGUUUGAAGCCAAUGCGCGCACUGAUGAUGCACUCCUCAAGAACUAUGGGCUGCUCUCUUGCUUCAAGAAGGACUUGCACAAGACUGAGACCUACCUGCGGCUCAUGAGGUGUCGUCGCUUUGUGGAGAAUGGCUGUGGCUUCUAA